AGGGACUCGGCCUUCGAAGACCCCGCUACGACCGCCGCCGGCAGGCUGCGCGACGCUGCCGCCACCACCUCGGACCGCGCGACCGGCGCGGCGUCCUCCGCCGCCGACACCGCCCGCGGCGCUGCCGCCGGCGCCGCCGGCGCGGUCGCCGGCGCGGCCGGCGCUGCGCGCGACGCGGUCGCGCCGCAUGCCGCCGCCGCCAGGGACUAUACGGUAGACACCGCCACUGCGGCCAAGCACCGCACCGCCGAGGGCGGCGCGUCCGCCUACGACACGGCCGCCAACACCGCCGCGGCCGCGAGGGACAGGACGGUCGAGGGCGCCGCCUCGGCGCGCGACACGGCCGUCGACUAUGCCACCGCAGCAAGGGACAAGGCGGCGCAGGGCGGCACGGCGGCCUACAACACGGUAGCUGACUAUGCAAACAUCGCCAAAGACAAGGCUGCGCAGGGCGGUGCCGCCGCGUACGACGCAGCAGCGAACACCGCCGCCGCGGCGAGGGAUAAGACGGCCGAGGGCGCCGCCGCGGCGCGCGACACGGCCGCGGACUACGCCGCCGCGGCCAGGGACAAGGCCGCGCAGGGCGGUGCGGCCGCCUACGACACGGCAGCUGGAUACGCAGACACAGCGAAGGUGAAGGCAGCUGAGGGCGGCAACGCCGCAUACGACGCCGCCGCCAGGGCCGCCGCCGCGGCCAAGGAGAAGGCCGUCCAGGGUGCUGCCGCCGUGCGCGACGCCGCGGUCGGCGCCGCCGCGGGCGCCGGCGCCGCGGCCUCCAAGGACAGCCCGCCCCAGGACGGCACCGGCGCGUUCAACGCCGGCGCCAGGACUGGCGCGGCGGUGAGGGACCAGGCCGCAAGCACCGCGGCGGUUGCGCGGGACACGGCCAUCGGCAUAGCGCUGCUCGCGAAGGACAAGGCAGUGGAGGGGGCCACCGCCGCCUACAACGCCGCCGCGAACGCGGCAGGCGUGGGCAAGCAGAAGGCGGCGGAGGGCGGCGCAGCUGCCUACGACAAGGCGGCCGAGACAGCCGCCGUCGGCAAGCAGCAGGCUGCAGACACCGCCGCCGCGGCGCGCGACGCGGCGCCGGGAUACGUGGCCGCGGCGCAGGACAAGGCGAAGCAGGCCGCGGCGAGCGCCUACGACACGGCCGCUGGCGCGGCCGCAACGGCUAAGGACAAGGCGGUUGGCGGCGCCGCGGCGCUGCAGCAGGGCGCCCAGCGCGGCGCUGACGAGGCGCGCGGCACCACCACCCCCUCUGGCCCUGCCGGUGACGACGACGUUGGCGCUGAGUCAUCGAGCUACGCCGGCUCCGCGGCCGCCGCGGUGCGCGGCGCGGCUGCAGCCGUGAUCGGCGCGGCCGGCCGCGUGCAGCAGGGCGUCACUGGGACGGUGUCCAGCCUCUUCACGCCGGGUGACCGCGACCAGGCCGGGAAGAUCGAGAAGGUGGGGGAGGAAGACGAGCGGCUGCCUGGUGACGUCACUGCCGGCGCCGGCGGCGGUGGUGUGGCUGCCAUCAAGGACUCUGUUCUCGGCCAUGAGAAGGGAGCCGGGACUGGUGUGGGCGCUGGUGGAGACUCGGCCAUCGGGGGUGGGGUUGAGGAGGAGGGGCCCGGCGCGGAGAGCCGCGCCGCGGCCGCGCGGCUGGCGGCCAUGACGCUCGGCGAGCCCGUCGUCGUGGGCACCCCCGUGCGCGACGUCGGCGCCGGCCCCCUCGCCGCGGACGUUGGCGGCCACGGCGCCAGGGCGGGGGGCAUUGGCUCGGUGCCUGCCGUGGUGGGCGGGGGCCUUGGGGAGUUUGGGAUUGACGAGAGGGGCAUUGCCAAGCCCGGGGAGGGCGCUUCGGGUGUGCCCAGGAUCUGA